AUGUCGCUGCCUCGGGGUAUGCGGCUACUGGCCUUGCUAACUUUGGGCCUGUUUGUUUACCUCUUGGUCAUUCUGUUCAGAUCCCCAAGUAAAUUAGACACCCCGACGGGCUUUCCAAAAUAUCAGGGGGACUUCAGAGACCCUAAUUACGAACCGACCGGGGAGCCACCUGAACCACUCCGCCGAGUCGAUGGCGACAACUACGCUCCCAACAAUCCCAAGUCCGCUCGUAUAAAUGCCACCCUCCUCUCCCUCGUCCGCAAUGAAGAAGUCAACGACCUUCUCCAAUCCAUGCGUGACCUAGAGCGCACAUGGAACCACAAAUUCAAUUACCCCUGGUUGUUCAUAAACGACAAGCCAUUCUCAGAAGAGUUCAAGCGGAAAACGAGAGCAGCAACCAAAGCCGAAGUGCGCUACGAAAUCGUGCCCGAAGACCACUGGGCCGUCCCCUCCUGGAUUAAUGACGACCUCUACCACGAGUCCGUCGAGAUCCUCACCGAGCAAAACGUGCAAUACAUGGGCAAGACAUCAUACCACCAAAUGUGCCGCUGGAACAGCGGCAUGUUCUACCACCUGCCGGCGCUUCAAGACGUACGAUACUACUGGCGCGUUGAGCCCAACGUUCAUUUCUUCUGCGACGUCGACUACGACGUCUUCGCCUACAUGCAGGACCACAACAAAACCUACGGCUUCACAAUAAACCUCUACGACAGCCCCCAAAGCGUCGCCACCCUGUGGCCCGAGACAGAGAAAUUCAUCGCCGACCAUCCCGAAUACUUGCACAAAAAUAACGCCCUUGAUUGGGUCACCGACAGCGCCACACGCCCGGAGCACAACCUCAAGGCCGGCGGCUACUCCACGUGCCAUUUCUGGUCAAAUUUCGAGGUCGCAGAUAUGGAAUUCUGGCGCUCGCCCGCAUACGAGGAUUACUUUGCGCACCUGGAUCGUGCGGGUGGGUUCUUCUACGAGCGCUGGGGCGAUGCGCCGGUGCAUUCAAUUGCCCUGGGGCUGUUCGAGGACAAGGAGAAGAUCCACUGGUUCCGAGAUAUUGGGUACCAGCAUAUUCCCUUCUUCAACUGCCCUAAUUCGCCAAAGUGUAAGGGCUGUAAGACGGGCGUUCUCACAGACGGCGAGCCGUUCUUGUACAAAGAGGAUUGUCGGCCGAGUUGGUUUAAAUAUGCUGGGCAUGGCUAG